AUUCAUUUCCCUUUUCAUAAUUCAAUUAGCAUAGUACAAAUAAAAUAGAAAAAGAAAUAAGGGAAAUUUGAUUGAAAACUAAGAAAUAUGAGCUGAUACAAGGAGAAACCUUAUAGGAAAUAUUAUUAUUUUAGUAAAUUUAGUGGUGAAAAUGUCUGUAUAAUAAUGAACAUAAUGGACGAACCUAAUUUUCGUCCAACAAGCUCAAUAGUCCAGAAAUUAAGUUUCGGCUUAGGACAUGUGUUCAACGAUUUGUGCGCCGCAAUGUGGUUCUCAUACACACUAUUUUACCUCAACGUGGUACUCAAUAUACAAAGUACUACUGCAGGAACUUUGCUUAUGAUAGGUCAAGUAAUCGAUUCUGUUGCUACACCAUUGGCAGGUUGGGCAAUAGAUUACACAGGAGACAGACGGGCUUGGCACUUUGGUGGUACCAUUUCAGUGGCAACAGGUUUUUCCUUGUUGUUUUCCUUAAAGCCCACUGAACUAACAUCUUCAGUGCUAGCUUAUUAUGUUUUAAGCAUAACACUUUUUCAAGUUGGAUGGGCUGUGGUUCAAAUAGCUCAUUUAUCCAUAAUACCUGAAAUAUCCAGGAACCACAGUCACAGUUCGGAUUUGACUGCCAUAAGAUAUACAGCUUCAGUUUGUUGUAGCAUUGCUGUUUAUUUGAUUACUCUUGUAGUACUGCAAACUGAUGAUAAUAGCAGUAUUGGACCAAUGGAUUUUUACAAAUUUAAGGAAAUAGCCCUCAUAAUAGUAUUUAUAGGCAUUCUAGCCUCGUUAUUUUUCUACUGCGGGCUUUUAGGCACAUUCGAAAACGACUACGAGAUUAUACGAGAGGCUGAUGAUGUAAACAAUUUAAACACCAACAACCACGAUAAGCAUUUGUUGAAGCAGAGCACCAUUUAUUUAGUAGCACUAAUGUAUAUGGCUUCAAGAUUGUUUACUAUUUUGAACCUAAUCUAUAUUCCACUUUAUUUGGACGAAAGAGGCAACAUAGAAGUGGUGGAAAAGGAGAAAAUGCGUCAAACCAUAGCUACAAUACCUUUGGUUUGUUAUAUUGCUUCAUUUAUGACGUCGCUUAUGUUGAAGUGUAGAGGACGAUGUUGUCCAGACAAGGUGACUUAUUUGAUUGGUAGCACUACAGGCCUGAUGGCGUCGAUUUGGUUGGGUUCCGGUGUUUCCCCGAAUUCCGACGGCGAACUUUACGGCAUUGCCAUAUUUCUGGGCAUCAGUGGUUCUUCCAGCAUGGUUGCAAGCUUGUGCUUAACUGCAAAUUUCGUUAAAGCCAACGGUUAUGGUGGAGGUUUAGUUUACAGCGUCGUCACUUUUACUGAUAAGCUGAUUUCCGGCGCUGUGGUUUUGAUGGUACAAAACUUGUAGGUGGAAUUGUUGUGUGGAAUUUAUUUGUUAAUUGAUUUUUUUUUAGGCAAUGUUCUCCCAGAACCUUGUGUCCGCACUAUUAUGAAAACGUUUUGUCUUAUAUUUGCGGCAUAGUGUCCCUGGUAGGGAUAGUGUCUUUGGUGGUUUUGGAAAUUGAAAUAAGGAGGAAUAAUAAACAAUAAAUAAAAUAUUUUUGUGUUUAUUUUUUAUCACAACAAUUUACACAAUGUUACUUAAUAACAUAUAACAGCAAAAUACUACUGAUUCACUUAUUCAUCACGAAAAAUUUGGAAUAUAU